GGCACCACCACCGCACCGCUGCCCACCCUUAGGGACGCCGGCGCCUUGCUCCUCCUCCUCCUCAGAGCACCAAGCCGGCGCCGGCGUCUUCCCCUUGCUCCAUUUCUUCUCCUCAAGUGGCCGACCCGCCGGCGUGUCCCCCCUGCACCCUCUGCUCUGCUCGCGUGCGGCACCAACACGACGCCGGCGUCUUCCUCCUCCGCCUCGCCUAGGAAGGAGUCGCGCGCCUCUCUCCAUCAUGUCGUCACCUCUCUCCGUCGUCGCCGGAUGCUUCUUGCUCCUCGCCGCAUCCGCCAUCCCCGGAUGCGUAUGCGUCAACGACGACUACAGCAUGCAGACCAUCGCGACGUCCCUCGGCGCGGACCGUGCUCUGGGGUGGGGCAACGACUCAUCCCCGUGCACCCACGGCUGGACCGGAGUUGUGUGCAAUGAGCGUGGGAGGGUGACGGCGAUCCGCGCGCGCAACGCCAGCCUGAACGGCACGCUGCCGGGGGAGAUUGCGUUGCCGUGGCUGAAGGAGCUGGACCUGCGGGACAACGCCAUCACCGGCCAGCUCCCCAGCACCGUCUUCCUCCGGCUGGACAACAACAACUUCACGUCCGUGGCCGUUGGGUUCUUGGCCGGCGCGAGAUCGCUGCAGGUUUUCACCAUCAGCAACAACUCGCAGCUUGAGGGUUGGGAUCUCCCAAACAAUCCUCACACGAUUGGCAACCUCCAAGACUACAUCGCCAACAACGCUAGCAUCACCGGGACGCUCUCGAGAUUCCUCGGCUCCAGCACGUUCGCCGCCCUCGGCAGUCUCUCUUUGGGGAACAAUCGGCUCACCGGCGAGGUUCCGACGACGUUCUCAAGCCGGACCCUCACCCACUUGGAUCUGAGUGCUAACUUCCUCUCGGGGCCAUUGAACUUCAUUGCGAAACUUCCGGAACUCGAAGAACUUCGACUCGACCGGAACAGCUUCACCGGGCCGUUACCUGACUUCAGCGGACUAUGGAGCCUCCAGGUGGUUACUCUUGCGCAUAACAAUCUCACUGGUGUUGUGCCAGCGACCCUAGUCCGACUCGAAGGUCUCUCUUCUGUCACACUAAGGAACAAUCUAUUCCAAGGGCCACUUCCAGUGUUCGCAGGAUCGGUGCAGACUGAUGUUGCUGAGGCGUCCCUCGAUAGGAGUUUCUGUCGUCCACAGCCCGGGCCAUGUGACAGCCAAGGUUGUCAGAAUCGUGAUUUUGAAUCGGAUCGGAGCUCCGAUGACAGGAUCGCAAAUCGUAGAAUCUUCACUAUCAGGAUCAUAGAAACGUAGAUUCUAUGAACUAAAAUCGUAGAAUCAUAGAGGUUAGUUUGGAUCAUAAAGUCGUAGAAUCGUAUAACAGAAUCGCGAUUCUGACAACAGCCGUGUCGAGUCCUUCAUCACCAUCGCCGGGGCACUUCACUACCCACAGAUUCUUGCGAUGAGCUGGAAGGGGAACCACCCCUGUGACGGGUGGCUCGGUGUCCACUGCGACAAGAGCGGCUCCAUCACCGGUGUCAACCUUUGCCGCCUUGGGCUCAACGGCACUAUCCACCCCGCUUUCGAUGACUUCAAGUCUCUCGUGGCGCUUCUUCUUGCAGGCAACAACAUCACCGGCGUUGUACCGCGUUCUAUUGCGGGAUUGCCGUCUCUCAGGGUCUUGGACGUCUCCCACAACUCUUUGGAGGGCACCAUGCCACGAUUCCGAAGCACCACGACGAUCUGGGCUGAAGGCAACCCGAACCUCACCGUCUCAGGCACCUCCCAGGCGUGCAUCUCGAGCUUCGUUGUGGCCGCCAUGAGGGUCAUUGUUGUUCUGUUUGUUUGAUUAGAUGGUCUUUGCGAUGCUUAAGUACUUGCUUAAUUAGCUGCUGUCUGUGAUGAUUAUCUUAGGAUCGGUACUCAGUGCUAUGUUAUCAUUUAUGCUUGUGCUGCAAUUGAA